GCAAACCGCUAAAUCCUAAACCAGGGCUGCAUCCUAUUGUCAGUGAAUGAUGGCGGAGCCCAGUGGCUUGUCGUCAUUCUCGAAAAUUCUGAGACUAGUGAGCUCUCUCUCCCUCUCCCACUCGCCUUAUUUUCCUUUCCGCCACUGCGGGGACUUUUUCUAAUUUGCAGCUUCCCUUCCCCUGACACACACACACACACACACAGACAGGAGCUGGUGGCUUACAGACUGCGUCUGUCUGGAGCUAGAGAGGCACAGAACAGGGGGAGUGCUCCUGGAGGAUUCUGCAGCAGUCUUACAGACUAGACUUGGGGGGCAUUGCUGCAUUCUCACUGAUCCUUCACCUUGUCUCUAACGGAUGAAGCAUUGAUUGGAAACUACUCAAUCAGAAAAUUAAAAGAAAGAACCCAGAACAUACUAUCAACCAUUUGAGAACACAGCAUAACUAACUAUAUUUUACCAUUUCCUUGAACAGGAGGCAGUACAGAGCUCUGAAGCAUGGCAGAUGAGCGGAAAGAAGAAGCAAAGGCGUCUCACUGGACGGCAGCUCCCCUCACAGAGGCAGCUGCACACCCGCACCCACCCGAGAUGAAGGACCAAGGUGGCGCAGGGGAAGGACUGGUCCGCAGCGCCAAUGGAUUCCCAUUCAGAGAGGAGGAGGAGGGUGCCUUUGGGGAGCAUGGGUCACAGGGCACCUAUUCAGAUACCAAAGAGAACGGGAUCAAUGGAGAACUGACCUCGGCAGACAGAGAAACAGCAGAGGAGGUGUCUGCAAGAAUUGUUCAAGUGGUCACCGCUGAGGCUGUAGCAGUCCUGAAAGGUGAACAAGAGAAAGAAGCCCAACACAAAGACCAGCCCACGGCUCUGCCUUUAGCAGCUGAAGAGACCGCUCAUUUGCCACCUUCCCCACCACCAUCGCCAGCUUCGGAGCAGAUCGUCACAGUGGAGGAAGAAGAAGAAGCACUAGAGGGUGCGAUGACUGAGGAAACUGAAACUGCUGCUCUUCCUGGGAAAGAGUGUGGGGCUAAGUCCUCAGACCAACCCCAGGGCCUCAGUGAGGGCCAAGUGGAGUCUAGUACAGAGACCCAGAUAGUUCCAGAAGACAGUGCCCUGGCAGGGGCUCCACAUGAAAAAUGUGUAAAAGAGGUGGCGGAUCUGUCUCCAGAAGUCAAAACCCCUUCCUCUGCCAAGGAAGAUUUACUUACAGCCUCGAAGAUGGAGUUCCAUGUCCAGCAGGAAGUGACUCCCUCUACAGCAGAGCCUUUAGACAAGAAGGAAAAAGAGUCAACGAUGCAAAGUAAGCCUGGUGAAGACCUUAAACAUGCUGCCUUAGUUCCUCAGCCAGAGACAACUGAAACUUCUUGUGAUCAAAAGGACCUCCAAGGCACAGAGGGAGAAAAAUCUCCUCCCAUUCUGUUUGGGCAUGCUCUUGGUGCCAGCCUUGAAGACGUAAAACAGAAUACAGAACCAAGCCUUGUAGUGCCUGACAUUGGCCUCUCUACACAACAUCCAGCCCCAAAAGAGCAAAAAGACUGGUUCAUCGAAAUGCCAAUGGAAUCGAAGAAAAAUGAGUGGGGUUUAGCUGCUCCAAUAUCUCCUGGGCCCCUGACACCCAUGAGGGAAAAAGAUGUGCUUGAGGAUAUCCCAAGAUGGGAAGGGAGGCAGUUUGACUCGCCCAUGCCAAGUCCCUUUCAAGGUGGAAGCUUCACCCUUCCUUUAGACACCAUAAGGAAUGAAAGAGUCACAGAAGUAUCGCCUUUUGCCCCUCUCCUCUUCCAACCAGAUGACAAAAUAUCUCUGCAGGACACCAGUGGUCUACCUACUGCCAAAGAUAGUUUUAAAGCUGAGGAGCCACCAAAAGAAAAACCAGACAUAGUGGAAGGUGCUCCCGUCUCAGAGGCUGUCACCUUAGAGAAAGAUGUUCAUGAUCCAGUUAUGGAAGAAUAUAUCAUAGAGGAAGUUUUAGGGGAAGAAAAGGGAACCAUAAAUCAAGAGAAAAAAGAGACUUCUGCCCCAAGUGCACAGGAAACUACAGUUACUGAAAGUGAACCUCAGCCAAAGCUGGAAGAGAAAGUAACCAUUCCUGACAGAGAAGCUGUAGUAAAAGAGAAUGAAGCCCCCAAAUUGAGAGAUGAAGAAACAGGUGUACUCCAGACCGCCACCAAGCAUUCUUUCUCCAAAGAAGAACAGAAAGUCCAGGAACACGCCACAGACAGGUUAACACAGGACACCUUCUCCACAAGUGUGGAACAAGAAGUUACAGAUCCAGCUGUGACCUCUAUGACUUUGGAAACACUUAUAACUGAGCCAGAGGCAAUAAGUGAAAAGAAAGAAACCCAGGAACUUUUUGAGGAGAAAGUUGCUGGCAGAGAUAAGGUUGAAGGAGCUGGGUCUGCAGCCGUAGCUGAAGUUGGCAUGCCAUUUUAUGAAGAUAGGUCAGGAAUGUCCAAGUACUUUGAAACAUCUGCCUUGAAGGAAGAAGCAACAAAAAGCAUUCAGUUGGGCAGUGAUUACUAUGAACUGAGUGAUGCAAGAGAGAGCACCCAGGAAUCUCUUGAUUCUGUAUCUCCCAAGCAUCAGAAUGGUGAUAAGGGACUUCAGGCAGGAAAAGAAUCCCAGCCCAGUGCUCCAGCACAGGAAGCAGGGUACAGCACUCUCGCACAGAGUUAUCCAUCUGAGUUACCUGAAGAACCAAGUUCUCCUCAAGAGAGAAUGUUCACCAUUGAUCCAAAAGUUUAUGGGGAAAAAAGAGACCUUCAUAGUAAGAAUAAGGAUGAUUUGACACUUAGCAGAAGUUUAGGGCUUGGUGGUAGGUCUGCAAUCGAACAAAGAAGCAUGUCUAUCAACUUGCCUAUGUCUUGCCUGGAUUCCAUUGCCCUUGGGUUUAACUUUGGUCGGGGUCACGAUCUUUCUCCUCUGGCUUCUGAUAUUCUAACCAACACCAGUGGAAGCAUGGAUGAGGGGGAUGAUUAUCUUCCACCCACCACACCUGCUGUGGAGAAAGCCCCUUGCUUUCCAAUAGAGAGCAAAGAGGAAGAAGAGAAGACUGAGGAAGCAAAAGCUACUGGAGAACAAAAUACUCAGGCUGAGACAUCCAGUGAGUCACCCAUCCUAGCCAAAGAAUAUUACAAAAAUGGUACUGUCAUGGCCCCUGACCUGCCUGAGAUGCUAGAUCUGGCAGGCACCAGGUCCAGAUUAGCUUCUGUCAGUGCGGAUGCUGAGGUUGCCAGGAGGAAAUCGGUCCCAUCCGAAGCUGUGGUUGCAGAGAGUAGUACUGGUCUACCACCUGUCACUGAUGAAAGUCACACCGUUGUAAAGCCAGACAGUCAACUUGAAGACUUGGGCUACUGUGUGUUCAAUAAAUACACAGUCCCACUCCCAUCCCCUGUUCAAGACAGUGAGAAUUUAUCAGGAGAAAGUGGAUCGUUUUAUGAAGGAACUGAUGAUAAAGUUCGUAGGGAUUUAGCAACAGACCUUUCAUUGAUUGAAGUAAAACUGGCAGCUGCUGGAAGAGUCAAAGAUGAGUUCAGUGCUGAGAAAGAAGCAUCUCCACCAACCUCUGCUGACAAAUCAGGACUGAGUAGGGAGUUCGACCAUGACAGGAAAGCUAAUGACAAGCUGGACACCGUCCUAGAAAAGAGUGAAGAACAUGCUGAUUCAAAAGAACAUGCCAAGGAGAUAGAAGAAGCUGGUGGUAAAGUGGAGACUUUUGGAUUAGGUGUAACCUAUGAGGAUGCCACCACCCAAGAACUGACAACAGCCAAAGAUAAAUCUCCCGAGAAAGCAGAGAAAGGUCUCAGUUCAGUGCCAGAGGUAGCUGAGGUAGAACCAUCCACAAAAAUUGACCAAAUACUGGAUUUUACUGCAAAGAAAGGUGAACAGGGUCUGUUAGAUAUUAAAGUCAGUGACUUUGGACAGAUGGCUUCAGGGAUGAAUGUAGAUGCUGGGAAAGCCACAGAGCUUAAGCUUGAGGCUACACAGGAACUGACCCCCUCUUCCAAAGAAUCUCAGGAGGCAGAUGUAUUCAUGGGUGUUGAGUCUGGUCUCAUCAAAGAAUGUGUCAAAGCUAAUGAGACAGAAGUCAAAGAGAAAGUGGCAAAGCCCGAUUUGGUGCAUCAGGAGGCUGUAGACAAAGAGGAGUCAUACGAGUCUAGUGGUGAGCAUGAGAGCCUCACCAUGGAGUCCCUGAAACCCGAUGAGGGCAAGAAAGAAACCUCUCCGGAAUCAUCCCUGAUUCAAGAUGAAAUUGCUGUCAAAAUGUCCGUGGAAAUCCCUUGCCCACCUCCUGUUUCAAGGGUUGAUAUACUCACUGAUGAGACAGCUGAGGUCCACAUGGAAUUCAUUCAGCUGCCAAAGGAAGAAAGCAAAGAGACCCUGGACAUACCUGUCACACCUUCUGAUGUUACCCAGCCACAGCCUGAAACCAUUGUGUGUGAAUCAGCAGAAUCUCCGAGGGAGGAAGAGGAGAUCGAAGCUGGAGGAGAAUAUGACAAACUACUCUUCCGCUCAGAUACUCUUCAGAUCACAGACCUGGGUAUCCCAGGUAGUAGGGAGGAAUUUGUGGAGACCUGCCCAGGCGAACACAAGGGAGUGAUUGAGUCUGUGGUGACCAUCGAAGAUGAUUUCAUCACUGUAGUGCAAACCACGAUGGAUGAAGGAGAGUCAGGAUCCCACAGUGUGCGUUUUGCAGCCCUGGCACAGCCAGAGGAGGAAAGGAGGCCAUGCCCUCAUGAGGAAGAGCUUGAAAUAGAAGUGGCAGCAGAAGCCCAGGCGGAACCCAAGGAUGGCUCCCCAGAUGCUCCAGCUUCCCCUGAGAGAGAAGAGGUCGCAUUCUCAGAAUAUAAGACAGAAACCUACGACGAUUACAAAGACGAGACCACCAUCGAUGACUCCAUCAUGGAUGCCGACAGCCUAUGGGUGGACACUCAAGAUGAUGAUAGAAGCAUCAUGACAGAACAGUUAGAAACUAUUCCUAAAGAGGAGAAAGCUGAGAAGGAAGCUCGGAGACCAUCUCUCGAGAAACAUAGAAAAGAAAAACCUUUUAAAACCGGGAGAGGCAGAAUUUCCACUCCUGAAAGAAAAAUAGCUAAAAAGGAACCUAGCACGGUCUCCAGGGAUGAAGUGAGAAGGAAAAAAGCAGUUUAUAAGAAGGCUGAACUUGCUAAAAAAACAGAAGUUCAGGCCCACUCUCCCUCCAGGAAAUUCAUUUUAAAACCUGCUAUCAAAUACCCUAGACCAACUCAUCUCUCCUGUGUUAAGCGGAAAACCACAGCAGCUGGCAGUGAAUCAACUCAGGAUCCCAGUGCAUUUAAACAGGCAAAGGACAAAGUCACUAAUUCUACUUUGUCAAAGAUUCCUGCUUUACAAGGUAGUACAAACUCCCCAAGCUACAGCUCAUCCUACCCUAGCAAGGCUGAAAAGCCUUUCUGUUCUGGCAGUGUUUCAGUACAGCCCUCCUCAGCAGGCUCCACACACCGUUUGACAUGCCCAGAAUCAGGGAACAAGGAUGGAAUAAGCAAGAGCCCGGAAAAGCGCUCUUCGCUCCCGAGACCUUCCUCCAUUCUCCCUCCUCGCCGGGGCGUUUCAGGAGACAGAGAGGAGAAUUCCUUCUCACUUAACAGUUCUAUUUCUUCGGCAAGAAGGACCACCAGGUCAGAACCCAUUCGCAGAGCAGGAAAAAGUGGUACCUCAACCCCCACAACGCCUGGAUCCACCGCCAUCACCCCUGGCACUCCCCCAAGCUACUCUUCACGCACCCCAGGCACUCCUGGAACCCCCAGCUAUCCCAGGACCCCUCAUACACCAGGAACCCCCAAAUCUGCCAUAUUGGUGCCCAGUGAGAAGAAAGUCGCUAUCAUCCGCACUCCCCCAAAGUCCCCCGCUACUCCUAAGCAGCUUCGACUUAUUAAUCAACCACUGCCAGACCUGAAGAAUGUCAAAUCCAAAAUUGGAUCAACUGACAACAUCAAAUACCAGCCUAAAGGGGGUCAGGUUAGGAUUUUAAACAAGAAGAUUGAUUUUAGCAAAGUUCAGUCAAGAUGUGGUUCCAAGGAUAACAUCAAACAUUCUGCUGGGGGCGGAAAUGUACAAAUUGUUACUAAGAAGAUAGACUUAAGCCAUGUGACAUCCAAAUGUGGCUCUCUAAAGAACAUCCGUCACAGGCCAGGUGGUGGACGAGUGAAAAUUGAGAGUGUAAAACUGGAUUUCAAAGAAAAGGCCCAGGCUAAAGUCGGCUCCCUUGACAAUGCUCACCACGUACCUGGAGGUGGUAAUGUCAAGAUUGACAGCCAAAAGUUGAACUUCAGAGAGCACGCAAAGGCCCGUGUAGACCAUGGGGCUGAGAUCAUUACACAGUCCCCAAGCAGAUCCAGCGUGGCAUCACCCCGGCGACUCAGCAACGUCUCCUCUUCUGGAAGCAUCAACCUGCUCGAAUCUCCUCAGCUUGCCACUUUGGCUGAGGAUGUCACUGCUGCGCUGGCUAAGCAGGGCUUGUGAAUACUUCUCCCUUAGCACUGGAGUAAUAUUAGGCAUGAGCUCUUGGCGGGAGUGGGCUCUGAACAGGUGUCAUAUUCAUUCUUUACAACUAUAGAUAAAUAAUCUCAUGCCCAAACUGUAGUAAUUGUUACAAUUUUAUAAUAAAAUGAAUAGUAUAUGGAGAAAUUGACCUGAUUUCCAUCUGCAACAGGAACACAUGGCUUUACAUGGGUACAAUUGGACAAUUAUUUUCGCUCUGCUCUGUUUUGCAUGGAGUAUUAUGUUUUUUUAAAAUUGCAUUUUUACCUUUCAUGUGCCUGAAGGCUAUCCAAUACAUUCUGAAAGGCCUUGUUAAAAAUCCAAGAUGUUCAUUUCACUCUUCUGUUUCUGGUUGGAAAAAUAAAAACUGCCCAUUUUCACUUAUUACAGGUUCAGUGAAAUCAAAGAGUCUGAUUGCAGGAAGGGAAGCGCAUGUAGGAAACACAUUUUUAGAAGUGUUAUUUUAUAUAAAUGGAAAGAAAGUUGCAACUAAGUUAUUAACAUUUGGGACCUGGAUGAUUAUACCAGAGUAUGUCAAUCCGAUAAAUUAUUUAACUAACUAAAAACUAGAUUCAAAGCAUUUGACCUGUGCUUGAGGAAGUGGUGUCAGAAUGUGUCUCCUAGGAAUGAUGCAUUUCUGUCAGGAUGGACAUGUGUCUGAUUAGAGUGUCAGUUGAUUGGGUAGAUUUAUGUCCACACAACCAGUUUCAUACCCCCUUCUGUCUGUUUGAUACAGUAUUAUAGAUAUAAAUAUAUAUAUAUAUUUCUCUGUGGCCAUUUGUGAUAUUUCCUCAUAUACUUGAAUAUUUUACUUCUUUAUUCACAGUAUCUGUGUCUCCUGAACCUUUGGUGUUGCAGUUUUAAGUAUGUGACAGUAGAUGUUAGCAGGGUUCUCUCCCUAUUUAAAAAAAAAAAUACAUUAAAAAAGAUUUAGCAUGAAAUUGCUUUCCGUAACAACUCAAAGCUGUAACCCUGUUUUAGUGCCAGAAACAUGUCUCUCCCGUGAUGCUAGAAAAUUUUAUUUUUCUUUGCUUUCACCACCAUGGAGUUUGUGGGGGUGGGUCCAGUUAUACAUAAAAAGGGUUUACAGACUGUUGGUUUAAAGAGUAUAGACUUAUCUCUUGUUUAAUCACUGAGUAGUUUGGAUUUUAUUUCUUUAAUCAUUCGUGAAACUGACUUCUUAAGAUUUUUUUCCUUCUGUUUCAUUUCUUUUUCCAUUUGCUAAAGUUGAAAAUAACACUAGUAAUUUCGGACAUGUUUUUCCAUUCCUCCAAACAGUACCUAGUUCAUUAAAUUCACUGAUAGAAGAUAUUUGACUUUCUUACCCAAAGUAAAGAUCCCUUGAGCAGAAAGAAAAAAAAUGCAACAUAUUAAGAAGCCCAGAUAUAAAAACAUUGAGACACAGAUAUCUAAAUCAGUUUUUCUUUCUAUGAUUCCAGCAUCACAGUCUGUACAGAAACAUGGUGUGACUUAUUUAGCAGUAGAUAACAUUUGUUCUCACUUUAUGUACAGUCUAUGAAUCACAAAUCAGUUAAUUCCAUUUACAAAUCAAUGACCCAAAUAGAACAAAGCAUUACCAAACUGGAUGGACAUAUUUCAGUAUUUUAUUUGUUCUUUUUCUUGCUCAGGGCUGGUAGGCUGACUCUGAAAAAUUAAAGACAAAAUGUUGGCUAUGUCUUUGAUGUCUGUGAGCCAAAUCAAGUCCUGCACAUGAAGGGCAAGAUGAUGAGCAGGAACUGAACAGGGAGGUGUAGGAGCAUCUAAGACAAAAGGCCAGAUGAUGCAAGGGCAGAGAGACGUCGGUGGCAUUUGGGUGAUCCAUUCAACAUGGGUCAGUGUGAUGGCCACAGGGAAAACCCAGCAUCAAACCAAACCAUUCUCAGCUAAGGGGAUGACAUAGGAAAAGAUGCUUUCAUUUAUAAACCAGAUAGUUUUGAGAAAAAAAAAAAAACUUUAAAACUACUGAGUAAUGUCUAUUUUUCACUUUGGACAAUUCAUUCAUUACCUUAUCUUGAAAUGCACAAGAAAUGGAAAAAGGAACAAUUGUGUGUGGAGACAUACAGUAUUAUCUUACAUGUUUUGACUGUGGUUGAUAGAGGUUAAAGUUAUCUAGAAAAAGGGAAGCUAAUAGGCAGUUAGGUUCUAACCUGUGAGGAAAAUAAUUUCAACCUAGUUUAUUAUAAAAUUUAAGACUAAGAGAAUAUGUUCUAAGCGUGAAAAUUCAAUUUCUGAUAAAUAUGUGUUGAAAAUAAAUUAUAUAAGGCCCAAAGUUAAUAUAUUUGGCAUUAAAAUAUUUAUUUCUAGUAACAAUAAAAUUAUCAUGAAUCUAAGUCCUCAUUUUAUAUGAAAUGUGAGUCUGUGUAAAGUUUAUGAAAGGAAACUGAAAUUUUGUGCCAGACAGAAACACACAAGCUAAAAACGCCUUCUUAUGGGGAUGUGGGAUGGAGCCAUCUUACCUCUACUCUUAAGAUAACGACUCAAAUUAAGCUUUUUGGACACCACUUCUGUGGGGACACACACGCUGAUCUAGAAAUGAAAGCUUCAUAGUUCCAUUUCUAGAUCUACUAAUGCCAGUUUCUCUCUGGCUUUAGCCUUUGAGAACCUGUUUAAGAAUACACAAGUAAUCCAGAGCUCUGAAGAGUACAAAGGCCAACUUCUCCAGUGAACUCACUCUCUCUGGGUCUCCUGCACCUGAAAAUUGGGUACCUUAUAACACUGCAGGAAAGAUCCGAGUUUAUGAUGAGUUUCAAAGGCCAUGUUCGUUUAGGAACUAACUCUCUCUGGAUCCACCUGCUGAGUUCCAGCAGGGUAAUGGGCCAGAAUCCCACCCAUAGGAAGGAUGCCUGUGUAACUACAGCUCAGUUUGGCUAAAGGUGGCUGAAGGAAGAGUUUCGUUAAAUAGAAGCAUAGACUGAUGUAGCUGGGCUUCUCCACACUUGCUCAUACAGAAAUACGGUAGAAAGGUAUUAUCAUCAGUCCAAAAGGGACAUCAUGUCAGUAUUAUUAAAGAUGGUUGACUCAAACUAGCUUCCAUUUAUAGUUUUUCUCUUAUUUUUCAUGCCACAGGAGGAAAGUAAACAGUGGUAGAUGUAGCAAAGACAAAGUAGGUUCUUGACAAGGGAAGGCUAAAUCAGCACUGAUGUUUGUAUUUUUACACCUAAUUUUUAACUUGGAUGUGUAGGUUAAGGCCAAGUCCCUCUGCAAGAAAAAGUUUUUUUUCAAGCUCCAAAAAUUCCAAUCACAAAAAUCCACUUCAACUUUAGCAAAAAGAAAAUAAAAUCAACAAAAAUAGUAUACUCAACUUGGAUGUGUAGGUUAAGGCCAAGUCCCUCUGCAAGAAAAAGUUUUUUUUCAAGCUCCAAAAAUUCCAAUCACAAAAAUCCACUUCAACUUUAGCAAAAAGAAGAUAAAAUCAACAAAAAAGUAUACUCUGUAUGCUGGGUUUCCAAUGUUCCAACACACCACUACAAAUCUGUGGGGGGAGGGUCUUUCUUCUGAUAAUUCUAGAGCCUGUUACCAUAGGAAGGCAUUUCUUCAAUGGCUGGUUGUAGUUAGUUCAUGUUUUUCAAUCAAAUUUGCAAAUGUAUUUGUUGCUGUAUAGUGAUUGUUUUGCAAAAUAAAAUUGCUUGUCACCUAA